UUCAUCGAUUAUGUAGAGGAAUGCAAUUCCUGCGCAUCACCAGCCGAGUGCAGUUUCAAAUUGGAGGGAAAAGCAACUGACAGGAGACCAUUUUAGGCGAGCGAAAAAAUCGGCCUGCUGACGCUGCACUCGUGUCGCCGAUAACAGUUUUCCUCUUCCGUAAGGUAAUAGGUGUGUCCGUGAACAGUGGUGACCAUUUUCGAUUGCUGCGGAUUUGUCCCACCCAGCUGCAAUAUGUCGCAGCCAACGGUCGCGUCCUACUUCAACACACGAAAACGCGCAGCGCACGAUACGCUUGGGGCGGCGGGCCGAAAUAAGGUACUGGUACUGGAAAACUCCCCCGUAGAUACAGUUGGAAACUUGACGAACAGUUCACAGAACUCGGAUCACGAGGAGCUACGCUUCGUGUUUGCUAACAAUACCAACUUUACUUUGAAGAACCUUGAAGCCGCCGUCGGAAAAGAUAAUGGUGCCGUCAGCGAUCCGGCGGAGCUGGGCCGCCGUGUUACGCGAGCAUCCCGGGCAAUCAGACGCAUCGGGCCGGUCGAUCUGGACGAGAAGACGAAGGCACUGCUGGCAGCAGCCCAGCCGAAGCUGGUGUCGUUCGUGAAGAAGGGCAAUCUGUCACCACAGAAGCGCCCCCAUACGGCCAGCCCGUCGAAGCGUCCCGCUGUGCCGGAAAAGAAGCUUGCUUCUCCGGUGAAGGUGGAACCCGUGGCAGCAUCGGUUGUAGACUCCAAGCCGGUUGAGUUUUCGCCCCGCAACAACCUAAACAAUGUGGCCAAGGCACCGACGAAGGCUAGCGUUUCGCGCACGCUCCAGCUGGGCAAGGACAAAGAUGCCAUGUCGCUGACGGACAUACGCAACAAGCUGCUGCAGCAUCCCCGCCUGCCGGAGCUGAAAACGAAGCUGAACGCCAUACAGAGCGGGCUCGAUAAGAUGGACCGUCUGCGCAGGGAGCGUCUCGAGGGAACGAAGCCUUCCGUCUCGCCGGCGGUGGCUGCUAAAAAUCUCGAGAAAUUUGCCACCCUGGACGUAGAGGUGAUGGUGAGCCCAAAGAAAACGAUCGCCAGCCCAUCGAAGCUGCUGCGCACACCGACGAAAGAUGCGUCGAGCUCACCGGCUAACAAUGUAACGCCCAAGCGCUUGUCGGCGCUGAUGAGCCCGAUCAAGGAGCCAACGGCCGGGACGCCCGUCAUGGCCAGCCCGAAGAAGCUGCCCGCCUACCAGCGCUUCCACAAUCUGGUGGAGGCGGGCGUUCCCACCCUGCAGCUGCCGUUCAAGUACCGAUCGCUGCUGGAGCUGUUCAAGUGCACCGACACGGUCUGCUCGAUGCUGCACAACCGCAAGGAGCAGAUUACGUUCAAGAAGCUGAAGCCGGCCGUCCAGCGGAUGGCAAGGAAGAACUUUUUCGAAUCCCAUCUCGCCCAAAUCUACUCCCUCUUCCCGGACGCGUUCACGCUGAGCCAGGAGAUGACAAAGAACUACGGUUCGGCUACGAAGCACGAAACCUACCAGCUAGUGAUUAGACCAAACAUUGCGGAUGCCCCCGAAGAGCCGGGGCGGAAAGCCGCGGAGGAUGAUUUUAUUCGCACCAACACGAAGCCGGCCGUCAAUUCGCAGUCACUGCUCGAACGCUACCAGCACUUCCGCCGCUUGCUGCUGGAGCGCACGAAGGACGCGCAUCAAGCGUUCCUGCAGACGCUGGAUCCACCGCUGAACAUUGACCGCAGCAAGAUCGUCCGCUGGCACGUGGACUUUGAUCUGGAAAACUGUCCCGACAUCGAGAAAGCGGAACUGCCGCAGCCACCGAAUGUGGAACGGUUCUCGUCCGCCCGGGACGUACUGUCCACGGCCCGGAACCUGUUCAGCUGCGGCACCCCGAUGGAGCGUGCGCUAGCACGGUUGGAGGAGAAAAAGAAGCAGGACGCGGCAGUCGCCACACGCGGCGGAACUCCACAACCGACGACCACCGAGCCCGAGGAUAAGAAACCACCGAUCGGUAUAAAAACGGAAAAAGUUUCUACUACUCCUAACACCAGCACCGCCCUACUGAGCGAUCCCGCGGAACAGAUGCUGAAAAACGUCCCGAAAGCACUGCUGGAGAAGAUACGGGCGAAGCAGGCGGCCAAAGCACUGGAGCAGAUGGUUAGGCGGCCGUCCCAGGAAAAGGAGGCGAUGAAGUACAGCCGCCUGCCGGAGAUUGCCCGCCACCUGCGCAACGUGUUCGUGACCGAGCGGAAGAAUGUGCUGCCGCUGGAAACGCCCGUCGUGAAGAUCGAGAACAGCUACCGGGGCAAACUGACGCUGCAGGAGCUGGAGGAGCACAUCCGCAUGAUAGCGCAGCUGGUCCCGUUCUGGCUGACGCUGCCGGAGGUGCGGAAGGUAAAGUACGCCAAAAUUGCCAAAGACUGCGAUCUCGCUAAAGUGAUCGAUGUGCUCGAGCGCAAGGCGAAUGAGGUUGUGCAGUAGAGUGAAAAGGGGGCGGGCUGAAGGAAGACGAACCCUGUCCCCCUUACAAAACCCCAGUUGUUGUUACCGCUAAAGUGGACCGGAAACGGACCGUCUGUUUUCCCUUUUUACGCUUUUAUCAUGCUGAGAAGCGUAUCAUCGGCUAUGCAAUUUUCUUUCUUAUGGUCUUUGAAACAUAACUUUGUUUUAAAGUAUUUUCAUGCUUCUUUUUAUUUCUAUUACCGUCUCUAGUUACAUUGUAGAUCGGGUUGCAGUUUUUGUUGUGCUGCUCGACGAUACCCACUGACGAAUAGAUUGCAAAUUUGAUGAUUCUUA